AUGUCGGGCCGCGGACGUGGAAGAGGCCGCGGACGGGGAGGUGCUGGUGGUGCUGGUGGUGCUGGAAGAGUAAUGCCUGGCGACCCCAUCCCGUACCCGCGCAGGAGAAGAUACCGACCCGGCACCGUCGCUCUACGGGAGAUCCGAAGAAUGCAAAAUAGCACAGACCUUCUGCUGCGGAAACUACCCUUCUCCAGACUGGUUCGCGAGAUUGCACUCGACGUGCGCCCGAUCAACGAGGGCAUGCGGUGGCAGUCGCAGGCUAUCAUGGCCCUGCAGGAGGCCGCCGAGGCCUUCCUUGUCCACCUGUUUGAGGACACGAAUCUGUGCGCCAUACACGCGAAACGAGUCACCAUCAUGCAGCAGGACAUCCAGCUCGCCAGACGCAUCCGCGGCGUCUGGGGCGGUAUUGGCUAA